UGGUGCAUUCACUCUUGUUGCUUUGCUCCCUUUUAUUUUACUUCUGAUAUUGUUCUUUUACUUUUCCAGUGGUCUUAUUGUUCCUGAGAAAGACAGCAAUGAAACAGUACCUGAAGUUGUAGCUACUUCUGGAUAUGCUCUUCUACAUUUCUUCAGUGAUGCUGCCUAUAAUCUCACAGGGUUUAACAUCACCUAUAAUUUCAAUGUGUGCCCCAAUAACUGCUCUGGCCAAGGGGAGUGCAGGCUCAACAGCAGCACCAUGGCCCCGCAGUGCGAGUGCGCCGAACGCUGGAAGGGAGAGGCCUGUGACAUUCCCUACUGCCCGGGGAACUGCGGGGCUCCUGAGAGGGGCCACUGCAGCCUCAACAGCUCCAAAGCAUGUGUGUGCUCUGCAGGCUGGCAAGGUCCUGGCUGUUCAAUUCGUCUUCCUGCAAACCAGUCGUUUUGGACCCGGGAAGAAUACAGUCUUCCAAAACUUGCUAGGGCAUCUCACAAAGCCAUUAUCCAUGACAAUAAAAUGUGGAUUGUUGGAGGUUAUGUCUUCAAUCAUUCUGACUCUCAGAAGGUUUUAGCGUAUGAUCUAAUUUCUGAAGAGUGGCUUCCACUGAACAGCUCUGUGAACUCAGUAGAGAUGAGAUAUGGUCAUUCGUUGGCAUUGCACAAGGAUAACAUCUACAUGUAUGGCGGAAAGCUGGAUGCCACGGGGAACGUGAGCAGCCAGCUGUGGGUGUUCCACAUCCCCAGGCAGAGCUGGGCCAUGCUGGCACCCCGGACCAAGGAGCAGUACGCUGUGGUGGGGCACUCGGCCCACGUGGUCACCCUGCGGGACAACAGCACCGUCAUGCUGGUCCUCUUCGGGCACUGCCCCCUCUAUGGCUACAUCAGCAAUGUCCAGGAGUACAACCUGGUGACAAAUACCUGGAGCAUCUUGCAGACGAGUGGCGCUCUGGUGCAAGGAGGAUAUGGUCACAGCAGUGUUUAUGAUCCAAAUACAAGAUCAAUCUAUAUCCAUGGGGGUUACAAAGCCUUCAGUGCCAACAAGUACAGGCUGGCAGAUGAUUUAUACAAAUAUGAAGUUGAUUCCCGCAUGUGGUAAGUGGUUCUUCUUCUGUCUUUUUCCUGUUUACUGCCCUGUCAGUUUUGUUUGUAGUGAACAAGAGGAUGGGUAUUUGAUGAAGGUACAGUGGUUUAUGUCUACCUGAAUUCAGGAUAGAUGCUGUGCUCUUGGAACUCUUGUUUUUAUGUCCCCUUAUGAAUGAGGAUGAUAUAAUCAAUAUAAUCAAGGCUGUGAACAAACCAAGAAAUCCAUUUUAAUCUAUUGUUUGAUUCAAGCUGAAAAGAAAAAAUAUUUGAUGUUUUUUUCUUGCUAGCCAUACAGGCUGUGCAUAUUAGUGCAGUUACUGCAGUCAAGCGAGUGAUAAUCCAUUCUGCAGUUAAGACUGUAAAAGAAUUUCUGUUAUAACCCUAUUCUAGCUCUGUAACUGUUUGAAAUGUUCAUUUCUUAAGCUGAAAUCUUCUGUGAUUUGUUGCUGCCCAAAGGUGAGUUUUAUUAAAAAGCUAUAGCUGCACUUCACAGCCUGGAGCAACAGAGGUGAAAUACAUUUUCCUUAAUUCUGUGUUUUUCUUAAUGUUGAUUCUAAAGGCUCCUGACUGUCUUUUGGGUAACACAUGUAAAUUUGAGUCGCUACAUCUCUUAUUGAGUGUUAAAAUAGCUUGUGUUUCUGCAACAUCUGUUUGUGAGUUUGUACUGAUGAGGAAGGUAAUGAGUGACUAAUUUCCAGCCCCCUUCCUUCCCACUGAAUUGUAUACACAGAAAUAACCCCACUUCCUCUCUGGAUUAAUUUGAUCUUCCAACUCCAGCUGCGGAGUGGACAAAUCUGGCUGAGUAGGCAGAAACUUAACAAAUGUGACAUUGUUCUUCCAAACUCCUGCAGCACCAAUUUUCUUUUGCCACAUUUAUUUUGUCAGUCUGGCAAGCCCUGUUGAACACGUGGAGAGUAUAGGACUGUUCAUCUCUACCUCUGUUUUUUUUUUGUGUCAUUCACUCUUUCUUUUAUUCUUGAGUGAUUUAGGCCCACUUUUCCUUAUUAAAUCUCAUGAACUUCCCAUGGGCCCUCAUCUUGAGAUCCUCCAGGUCCCUGUGGAAAAAAUCCUGUCCCUCAGGCGUGUCAGCCACACUUUCAGCAUGAUGUCUCCUAUUGGAACGGACCUUAAAACUCAACCCAUUCCAGCCCCUGCCAUGGCAGGGACACCUUCUGUUAUCCCAGGCUGCUCCAAGCCCUGUUCAGGCUGUCCUUGGGCAUUGCCAGGGAUCCAGGGGCAGUCCCAGCCGCUCUGGGCACCCUGUGCCAGGGCCUCACCUCCCUCCCAGGCAACAAUUCCUAAUACCCAAGAUCCCAUCCAGCCCUGCC